UUCCUGAAUGUGUCAUGAUCUGUUUCACUUGUGUCGAGCGGCAGCCUGUUAAACUGUUGAGUGGAUUCUCCAACACAGACUAUUUUUAUCCACUGCCAAGAUGACAUUACAGUUUAAAGAUGCCUUUUGGGGAGAUGACUUCAUCAGUAAUAUUGGGUAUGAGACUAUAAGUCAACGACUUAAUGAUGGUCGACGGACAUGCAAAGAGAUGGAGGAGCUCCUGAGAAUGAGGGCAUCAGCUGAAGAGAAGUAUGGUAAAGAACUGGUCGCUAUUGCACGCAAGGCCGGAGGUUUAUAUGAGAUCUGCACGCUGAGAACAUCUUUUGACGAAAUGAAAACACAAAUUGAAAACGUGGGUAACUUGCACAUUCAGCUUUCUGGAAUCCUGAAGGAGGAGGUGAAGAGAAUGGAGCAGUUCAGAGAGCGACAGAAAGAACAGAGAAAGAAGUUUGAAAUCACCAUGGAGAAGGUCCAGAAGACAAAAGUCUCCCUCUACAAGAAAACAAUAGAUUCUAAAAGAUCCUAUGAGCAGCGCUGCAGGGAGGCAGAUGAAGCAGAGCAAACAGCUGAGAAGAUGAGCACCACUCCCACAGCCACUCCCAAACUGAUUGAGAAGACGAACAACAAAUCUAAACAGUGCAGAGACGCUGCAGAAGAAGCUGAGAAACAGUACAUUUCAAACAUUGAACAGCUUGACAAGACUCGUCAAGAAUGGGAAUCAACGCACAUCAGCACAUGUGAGAUGUUUCAGCAGCAGGAAGAAGAUCGUCUCAGCGUACUAAGAAAUGCUUUGUGGGUGCACUGUAACCACCUGUCUAUGCAGAAUGUGAAAGAUGAUGAGUGUUACGAGGAAGUGAGGAAAACGCUGGAAAAGUGUGACAUCAUCACAGACAACAGCUGCUUUGUGGAAAUGAAACGCACCGGCUCCACCCCCCCAGCUCCUAUUCAGUACCAAAAUUACUACGAGAGGGAUGUUACAACUGAAAGAAAUGGCAGCGCUGGAUUUGUGGGGGGAGUCAUGAAAAGGUUUACAAAUCUUCUGCAGGGCAACUGUUCUACUGGCUCCAAAAACAGCAUCAAUGAACCAGUUACACAACCUAUUGGUGGAGUAGAAACGUCAGAAGGAACGUAUGCGUCCAUUCCUGCAUGUUAUGGAUCCCACCUGAGCAGUGAGCAGUACAAGGCGGUGUAUGACUACGAGGCACAGCGGGACGAUGAACUCUCUGUAUGUUUUGGGGACAUCGUGGUCGUCUUAGAUCAAGGCGAGGAUGGCUGGUGGAUGGUGCAAAGAAAUGGCCUUCGUGGAUUGGUUCCUGGCUCUUACCUUGCCAAAGAAUGAGGCCACCCAGCAGACAAAACUAGGACUGUAUGAAUACAGAUUCUUGUGUAAUAUUUUGUAAAUUUGGUAUAUCAAACUGGCUUAUAGUUGGAUCUCAUCAGUUGCUCAUACACUGUACAGACAAAAAUAUCGGGACAUCUGACCAUUACACCAACAGGAACUUUAAUGACAUUGCAUUCUAACCACAUUGACAGCUUUGCAGCUAUAACAGCUUCCACUCUUCUAGGAAUGCUUUCCACAAGAUCUCGAGGGGGUGAUUCUGUAGGAACUUUUGCCUGUUCAUGCAGCAGAGCAAUUGUGAAGGCAUUGUUAGGCAUUGAUGUUGGACCAAAAGGCCGGGCUCACAAUCUCCAUUCCAGUUCAUCCCAAAGGUGUUUGAUGGGGUUGUGGUCAGGGUUCUGUGUGGACCAGUCAAGUUCUUCAACACCAAACUCCAGCCA